AUGCUAAAAAAAGUUUUAUUAUCUACCGAUGUAACUUUAGUGAGUUUGCAGCACGCACUGUCUACCGAAAAGGAGGAAAUAAUGGGCUUAUUGAUAGGAGAGGUCCAUAAUAAUAAUACAUUAGUUUCAAUAGUAUCAUCGGUUAUAUUGAGGCGCUUAGAUAAAAAACCUGACAGAGUUGAGAUUUCGGAAGAGCAACUAGUACAAGCUACAUUAAGAGCAGAGGAACUAGCGGCAGAAGUUGGACGUCCGCUAAGGGUGGUUGGCUGGUAUCACUCUCAUCCACACAUUACCGUGUGGCCAUCCCAUGUUGAUCUUGCUACACAAUCUAUGUAUCAAAGAAUGGACUCCAGUUUUGUUGGUAUAAUAUUUGCUGUAUUUCUUACAGACCAAACUGCAAAGGCACCCUCAAUUCAAAUUACAUGUUUUCAAUCUGUUAGUGAUGGUUCAAAUCAAAGCCGGAGGGAAAUUGAACUCGAAAUCACAAAUAAUAAUGAUUCACUUACUAUUAAUAAUUUUGAAAUAUUAACACAAUUGCCAGCAAUAUUAAAAGAAGAAGAAGAUGAAUCUUUUAAGAACGAAGCAGGGGAGGCAGAAUCAGAUGAUAUAAUUAAUAAACAGCACAAUGCUGCUGUAAGAACUAUAGCAAUAGGGCACAUAGUUGAAAAGAUAUCACGGCCUAUGUUAGAAGCCCUUGUUGCAAGAAACACUUUAAGUAGUAUUCGUUUAAAAGCUUUGAAGAAACACCAUAAAGAAUUGAUGUCUAAAUUGGACAAUAAU